CGAAACAACACAGUGGAUGCUGAAAUUUUUUUACAUUGUGAAUCAUAUAAUUUUUUAUUUAUUGAAUAUGCUUUACAUGUACGACAAUGGUGGAACAUGGAUUAUCUGAGAAAAAACUGAAUGAUUUUAUUUACAUAAGAAUAUAAAAUUUUAAAGUGAGAAAAUUAUAGAUUAUUGUUUGACAGUAAUCAGAAAUGGAACCGUUAGAUAUUACUUAUGUACUUACAGAAUGGCAAGAGUUAAAUUCUUUGCUUUAUACUCCUUUGACUGGCACAAAAAGAAUACAAUAUACAUGCAUGACUGUGUCAAAAAAUUACAUUGUCCUAGGUGCAACCAGUGGAAGUUUAUACUGUUUUUUAAGAGACCCAUGUCUUUUUGACAGAGUAAUCCCACAAACAGGAGGAGCUGUGUAUAGAGCACAAAUUUCACCAAAUGAAAAAGCUAUAGCAAUAGCUACAGUAACAGGAAAUAUAAUUUUAAUUUUAUUAAAACCAAGAUUUAAAACUCUGCCUGUAUCUCGUGAACACUUUGGACAAAAAAUAACUUGUCUUUGUUGGAAUGAUAAUAGUACAGAAGUCUAUGCAGGCGAUGAAACUGGAAAGAUAUCUAUUACUACUGUUACAACUUUCCUGGUUGGAGAAAUGUUCAACGAACCAAGCUCCGUUUUGAUGAAUCUAGAUUCAAAAAUUGUUCAAAUGAGUUUUGAAAAUGGUUUUCUUCUUAUUUCCACUUUACAACGCUGUUAUAUUUGUGAUACUAUUCAAGAAGAAUAUAAACCUAUUGGAAACAAGUUAAGAAUAGGAGAAUUUGGAGCUUGCAUCUUACAUAUUAGCAAUCAAAAUACUAAUUUUGAUGCAAAAACAGAAAAUGAAGAAUCGUUAUUCAAUUUACACAAUGAUAAAGACAAUGAAGGUGGUAGCGAUGAAGAGAAUCUUGUUAAAAUUUUUUGUGCUCGUCCUGGCUCAAGAAUUUGGGAAGUAACAGCUGUGGGAGAUGUAGUUAGAACACAUCAAUUUAGAGAAGCUCUAGCACUUCCUCCAAUUCCGAUUUUUAAACCAUCGAUAAAUAAAGUUUUCAAAUUGAGAAAAAGGGAUAAACCUUGGCCUAAGCAAUCAAUUAACUUUACACAACUUUCUGUUAUUGCCAAUAAGUACUUAUUUUCAUACACAUCCAAUGGUCUAUAUAUUUUAGAUCCAGAAAAUGCUAAAGUUUUACUGUGGAAUGAUGAAUUUCCAGAUAUAAAAAUGGCUCAGAUAAUUUGUGAUAAAGUUUAUUUAAUAACGUCUUCAGGAGUUUUUCAUUGUCUUACUCUUGAGUCGAUUGAUUUUUUACUUAUAAAACUGUUUGAAAAAAAGCUAUUCAAUGAAUGCUUAAAUAUGUGUCAAAUUUUCAAGUUGCAGCUCAUAAAUUCAGUUUUGGAAGAGUCUUGCGAUAUCAUGAACAUAAAGGAAAAUUCAAAUGUAUCAAAGAUACUAAAAUCAUUAAUAUCUCAUAUUAAAUCAAAAUACAAUAUUCAGCCUACUAAACUAGAAUCUGGCAUAGUUAUAGUUAAUAAUAGUACUCAAGAUUUGAGCAAUGAAUCAAAUUCAAGAUCCUUAACAAGAUUUGAAAAUAUUUCAAGUAUAGUUGAUACAGAUGAUUCAGUGAUUUCAUUUAAUUUAAAUGAAUCAUCAAACGCAACAAACACAAACAAGCAUACCAAAAAUAAUGAUAUACAUACUGAUUUCGAAAAUAGUUUGAGUGAAAUUAAAAACAACGAUGCAGCAAAGCAAAAUGAACAACACAAAGCUUCUAUUUUUAAGACUACUAUAAAAAAUCUACAAACCGAUUUGGAAUCUAUAUAUCUUUCAGUAAUCACAGAAAUUAAGUCUAAUACUUCAGAAAAACAUUUGGAAGAGAUGAUUAAACUAUUUAUUGAAACUUUAAAUAAUCUCAAACAAAAGUAUGAAGAAUCUAACGACUUGAAGCAAUAUUUAUGUGAAAUCAUUCGUUCAGCUGAAAUCAAUUACUACCACAAUUUAAUAGAAAAUAUAUCUAUUAAUUACCUGGGUAAAAUAAAAAAUGAAAACGUGUUGAAACUGCUAGUCAAAAUAUUUAUUGACAUCCAUUCAUCAAAUUAUACAGAAUGUAACUGUGGUCAUCCUUAUCCAGCCUUUAAUAUUCAAGAUUAUAAGUCCCAAACACCAACUUUUUUUGAGUUUGGUAAAGUAAUGUUAGAGAAAUUAAUGAAGGCUCAUUUGGAUAUCAUUUGUCUGCAAAUAUGUGAUCAUGUACCUUACUUAUGGACAGAAUAUUUGUCUCUGAUUGACCACAUGAAGUAUCGAAUAUCGGACGAUUUUUUGAGACAUUCUUUAUUAGUUUGGGACUCUUUUAUACUUUCGGCAAUAAUACCGAGGCUUGAUCAGCACCAAUGGAAAGUUACAAGUCAAUGCUUUGAAAGAAUUAUGAAUGGGUUUUGUGUAAAUUGCAACAAACCUUACCUUUUAGAGCAUAGUAUUUCAAAGAAUUUAAAUAUAGAUUGGCAUGGCCUUAUGAACCAUAUUAUUGUAAAGCAUGGACCUAAAAAUGCCAUGGAAUUUUUACGAAAAAUUCACCAAAACAUACCUCGAGCAGUUUUUAAUGAAAACGUUUAUAAAUCAAUAAUAUUUUCUACCUUACUACAUUGUCAUGGUGUAAAACAUCCAGUUGAGCUCAAUCAUUCAAAAGUAGAACAUAAUACCAUUUCUGCACCAGAGAUGAUACCAAAAAUAAUUCUGGCUAUUAAUAACGAUACUGGAAAAUCCGUAAGUACAGAAUCGUUGGGUUCUGGACCUCAUCAUUGGGGUAUGAGAUACAAUCUUACCUCGUCUAUGUGUCCUUGCUGCACUUUAUCUUUGCAAACGCCGGUUCUAUUAGGAAAUAAUGGAAUUGCAUUGUUUCCCUGUGGUCAUGCUUAUCAUGUUAAUUGUAUGGUUCAAAAAAAAAUUACGAAAUGCAAUCUACACGGACAAUAAGUGAAGAAAAGACUGAUACGUGUAUGUGUACGUGUGUUUCAAACCAGCAGAGAGUUAUAACACUUUUUGAAAUAUUUACUGAUCUAGUCUAAAAGCGUGUAAUCAUAAGUUCAAAAACAAUAACAUUCUUUUUUUUAACUGAACUCAUGUUUGUUCAAUUCAUGGAAAUGUUUUUUUCAGAUUUUGUAAAUUUAAUAAUAAAAUAGAAUGUCUUCGAAAAUCACUUGCGAAAGUAUUAAACUUUUAUUUAUUGAUUCGUUCAAUACUAAUAAUGUAUGCAUGUACAGGUGAUUUGGAAAUCUUAUCAUUAUACCAGUAAUUUAACUUUUUUGGUACAAAUUCAGGUAAAGACGCAAAUGUAAUGUAUAAUGUAUUGAUUGACUGAUUUAAUUAUAUUUACAAUUAUUAUAAUUCAGUCUCUUUUGUGCGAUCUGGAAAACUGAACUGAACGCAUGUUUUUAUAAGUAUUUACAAAUUAAAAUAUUAAUAUCAACUUUCAAAAAUCUGACUCUUCCAUAAAUUUUUUGAUAAACUUGGACAAGUAUUCCAUUCACUUUUUGUAUCUUUUCAAGUCAGAACAAACAAAAAGUAUCAGAUACAAAGCCAACUAUUAAUAAGACUCAGGUAAAAUAUAAUGCUACUUUAUAUAAACCUAAAUUUUUUCAUAUUUAAACUCUCGUAUAUCAUUCUCUUAAUAUAAAUAAAAAACAUUGUGACAUUCAUUAAUUUGCUUAUGAUUUCAAAUCACAGCUCCUAUUCUUUCAUCUACCAUCUUCUAAAUUUUCCUUAAAAUGUAUAGAGGAGAUUAAUCCUCGGAUAAACGUAUUUCCUAUGCCCGUGAUCAUAUUCAUAAAUAAUAGUCUGUGAAUGUAUACAGACAAUUAUCUACAAUGAUCGAAAAUAUUAAUUCUAAUAUACUUUUAUGUACAAAUUAAAUAAGGUCAUUAGCUCAAAAUUCAUUCAUAGUUUAAUUUUUUCUAUUUUCCUAAUAUAUAAUAAGGUUUGCCUGUAAAUUAAUUAAAUAUAUUUUUUCGGUAAAAAGAAUUGGCCUCAGUACAUAAAUUAGAAUAUUGGUAUAAAAUAAUGGCAGCUCGUUGACAGUUUUCAUAGUGUUUUGUGUUAAUUAAAAGACAGUGAAGAAAUUGGUGUCCGACGCAUUCAAUCGAGAGAAAAGAUCAAAAAUGUAUAAAAUAUAAUAUUUUGAAAUUUGUGUAAAUGUUACACGAUGGGCUGCACGAUUAUUGACGAACUAAUAAAUGCGUUUGUUUUAGUUUAGAAACCAAUGCAUUUUCAACGUAUUGAAAUUUCAUGACACUUUUUAUCACUAAUCAUAUAUUAAUCCAAAUUAUCAAAUUUGUUUCAUUUUUCAAAAAGUAGAAAAGAUUUGUAAAUACUUCGAUUUAAGAAGUAGUUGAAAGUACAUCAGAAUUUUCAAUUUGUACAAUUUUUUUAAAAUUAUUUUUUAAACAAGAAAGAUUUUUUUCUGUUUUAACGCGACUGGCCACCUACUGUGGCAAAAAAAAUUGAGUUAUAAGAACAUUAUCUUUGUAUUUUAUAAAAGAACUGUUGAGAAAUAGAAAAUUAAAAUUCGAUAAGUUCAAAUGGGAACAUUCCUUCAACCUAGUAAAUUAAAAAAUAAAGUUUCACAUUUGUGUUUGUACAAUGGGAAAAGUGUAAGUAUACGAUUUCACUUGAGGUAAAGGUACAAAUCUCUGAAGUUUUUAUCAUUGCUCUCAGAAAGAUGAUUGCAGUAAAAAUAUUUAUAUUUAGAUUGAAAAAAAUAUUGUAAUCAAAUCAUUUCCAUUGGUCAUCAUAACAUUUUUUUUUUAAAUACUUCUACUACAAUCAUCUCGAAGUCGUUUAGAUUGAAAGUGAAAAAUAUUAUUCGAUGCGUUGCGAAUUUUUCUUAAUAAAUCCUACAAAAGUAGGUAAUACAAGCUCACAAAAAACAGAUAAGCUUCAUCACGACACAAUAUUACGCAAUAAUAGAAUCGAAAAUAAAAUACAUUUUAUAUAAAAGCCUCGCAAGCAUCACGUUGAACGCGCGCGACAUAAGAUCGUUUUUACACUUUCAUGCUCAAUAUCGAUACACGUUCGUUGUGUUUAUUAUGAAUCGUUUACAUUCAUAAAAAAAAUAAGAAAAUUUUCAAAUUAUACAACGGCAUGCAUUUAUACGAAGCAGCCACAUAUUUACAGAACGUAUAAUCAAUUUUAUAAAAUUGUUACAAUACAAGGCGAUAAUUUUGAUAAACCGUUUACUAGUGCCAAUGUUACAUGGAAAUUACGCCAAAAUCAUACAAUUUUUUUAUUUUCGAUCGAAAACUUUCUCCAGAUAUUUUUGAAAUGAUUAGAUAUUGAAA